UGCACAAUAAUUAGCGUAAUAUAUAAUACGAAUAGAUAAAUGAAUGGGGUUAUUAAGGAUUCACCUAUUAGCGGAACUUCACUAGAUUAAUUAUAUUUUUUUUUCUUUGUUGUGUAUUUUUAUUUUUUUUAUUACCAAUUUUGUUAUAAAUUAAUGAUUGAAAUAUUAUUAUAUACUUUGUAACAGGUCGUAAUGCCGCUUCCAUUUUAACGCACGUCAAGGAUUUACUGUUAGUGUAUGAUGAAAAGAUUCUUCAUAAGAGAAUAUUGGAAUGAGUUUGAAGUAGGUUAAAAAACGCGUAUAAAAUAAGCGUGCUGUUGACUGCGUCGACUGAUCCCAUUCGGAGGUGUACUAAGAUAGACCACUAUUAGUGCGCAAAAUAUGUCGUGUGGCAGUGAUAGCGCUACGACUUAAAUAGCAAACGUUACUAAUUGUUGUUUUAUACCGUGCAAUUAUUUAUGUUUAUAUUUUGUAUAUAUUUUUAGAACCAAAUGCACCUUGGAUAGGAACAAUAAAGCAUACCAACUACUAUGGAAUCGCGAAUCUAACAAUAAACUCCACCAAAUCAAGACUUUUUUAACUCCAAACCAGUUUCCCUCUUCCUACAUAAGAAUAAACUAUAAUAUGGUCACGUAUAAAUAUCGGUCACACAAACAUCACCCAUGUAUACUUAAUGAAAAAGGAACCAAGACCUAUGGGUGAAUUCUGCAACUCAUCUUUAAUAUCCAAAAAAACACCUUUACCUUGAAUGCCCAUACUUAGUCGAUGAAUAAAAUCUUUCCACAGCCAAUGAAUAUAGUAGAUAUUUUAUCAAUAAAAACUUUUAGUAUAUUAAUGUAUUUCCUUAAAAAAUCUAACCUGCACAACCGCAUUGAAAUAUUUCACAUAAUAUGUACCUACUAUAUUAUAACUUAUUAUUCUUAAUACCAAAUUAUACAUGAAAUAUAUGAUUAUUAUGAUGAAUGAACUAAUUAUAACGUAAAAUGUAAAAUGUAAAUUUAUAUUUUAGCGGAUAAUGACUUUAUUGUUGAAGCCGUAUUAAAGAGGCAAAAAUUAAGAGGAAAAAGUAGACCCAUAACACACAUAUCGUGUAGGUAGGUGCUUGUGAAAACUUAUUAUAUUUAUCCAUAAACAAAUCGUAAAUAUACAUUUUAAAAUUAGUCCAUUGUUAUUCAUACGUAUUGUCUUGUAUAAUCUUUAGACAUAUAAUUUAUUUAUAUUUUCAUUGUUUAUGAUUGUACUACUACUAAAAAAUCUUAAAUAAUGUAUAUUGUUCAUGUAUAGUUUGUUGUUGUAUAAACGAUUAUUAUAAUAACAAAAUAUCAUUAUAACUCCUUGUUAUAUAGGGCAUGAUCCAAAGAUAAAUAUAUUUUUUAUCCAUCCAUCAAAUAGAAUUAAGAACAUUUAACUAUUUACAUGAUUAAUAAUCUGUGUAGGUUAUUAUGUGUUUUCCCGUUUUUCCAUAAAUUGACUCGGUAAUACGGAAAAACACAAAGGCCAUUUCUAGUGCGUAUAGAUAUUAUAUUGGUUAAUAUUAUACUGUACUAUUAUAUAGGUAAGAAGGUAUAUUGGGUUGGGUUGAUCCCUUAAAAAUAAAAAUAUUAACUUUCUACCUCUUAUUAUUGUGAUUCGUAAUAUAAUGAAACUAAAAUAAUAAAACGUGUGCAACUUCUAGUCAGCAUAUAGUUUAAUCGUGUGUAGUGCGCCUCAAGAGUCAAGAGGAUUGAUAGUAUUGAUAUUAUAAUAGAUGUAUUCAUAUUACAUAGUAUAGUAUAGUAUUUACUCAUUCUUUGAGCUUAGAUCGCAAUGUAUUCACAUAUGUGGUUAUUUUUAAUAUUUUUGUUCUUUUUAUUAUAAAGCGCUUCAAUAAUGUGUAACGAUAAUAAAAUAAUUAUUGUUGAUUUGCCUGGUUACCGUCAUUAGUGAUCUCCGUUUGUUGAACUCGCAUUAUCGCCAACGGUUUCUAAAAACAUUUUCGGUAUUGUCACACGGUGGACAGUUUUAUACUAUUAUUUCGUAGUUAUAAUAAUAGUAUAUAUAAACGAUUUAAACCUAAUAUUUAUUAUAAGUUCACAUUCAGAUCAAACACGAAAUUAUAUCAUAAUACGGCGGUUCGAGUUUCACACGCGGAACUGGAAAUCGUAGAAUAAUAGUUCUAACAAUAAUACCGUUCGUUAUUAUACAUCUUCUCGCACCAUGGCGUUGGCCGGAAUAAACGAAGAGAACGUUCUGCAGGAGAACACGACCAUCCGGUCGCUUGACGCCACGUACGCGGUGCACAAAAUUAUCGGCACCGGUCGUUUUUCGUGCGUCUACAACGCGACGGAGGUGGGCACGGGCAACGCAGUAGUGAUCAAGGCGCUGAACGAUUCGGACUCCAGCAGACGGUUGGACCGGAAACUGUACCUCAAGGAGCUGGACUUUUUGAACAGGCUCAAGUCCAGUCAGUUGCGUGCCCGGUACGUCCAGUUAAGGGACACUGUCCUACUCAAAUCGGGAAUGAUAUGUUUCGUCAUGGAGAGACUGAGCGCCACCCUGCAGGCCGUGCUACACAACAUCGGUCCACUGCCAAUGUACAUGUGUCGGCCGAUCGUCAGACAGAUCGCACAAGGCUUGGCCGGUCUGAAGGUAUUCGGGAUCGUGCACGCUGACCUCAAGCCCGACAACAUAAUGUUCACAUCCUGGACAAAGACCGAUCUUCAGGUAAAGAUCAUCGAUUUUGGUUGGGCGUUCGACAUGAAGAACGUGCACACCAUGUACCAAAAGCAGAUCCAGGCGAUCCCAUACCGCGCGCCUGAGGUGUGCUUCCAAGGCAGCCUGGACCACGGUCUGGACAUGUGGGCCCUGGGAUGCAUCAUGCCGGAAAUCGUUACCGGAGUCAAGCUGUUCGACGUGGACGAGGAGGAACUGUUGAUCAAAAUGAUUAUACGCACGCGGCCCGUGCCCGAGUACUUGAUAUCGAAUUACCCGACAAAUUUCUACGACACUAAACUCCCCGUCGGUUGGAUUCAAUUUCAGAAUUUGCACUAUGACGUGAUCGAGCAAGACGACCAGCAAUGCUGUGAGGACAUCAAGUGGUUCAUGGACUUGGUAUAUCAAAUGUUAGUUGUAAUGCCGGAUACACGUAUAACAGCGGUCGACGCACUCGCGCAUCCGUUCCUGACGAUCAUGCAUUUCAUCAAGUACCCGAGCACAGCGAUGACCAAGAAAAACGCUAAGUUAAUGGAAUCAUGUAAGCUGGACAUUUGAAUCGACUUAAACUCCUAAAAUGUAUAUAGUUCUGGCCCCAUCCUCUACACUUCUGAUCUAAAAAUCAGCCAACACUGCUUGCACCGAUCUGCAUCGUCGGAGAAAGCUUUGUUAUUUUUUAUAAAAAUAUAUUAUAUAUUGUGUGGUAUUUUACUGUUUCUGCAAGAUUACGAUAUCGUCUUGAAGAUAAUCGAAGACAUCGAAUGUGAUAAUAAUAAAGAUAACUGUGUGCAAUACAAGUAUAUACAAUAUUUAAAUAAAUGGUUCGGGAGAUCACGGUUUAUAUUUAAGUAUAUAUAACUAAAUAUGUUUGUCCAUCGCGGCUGUCUACACAGUGUAGGUGAAAGUAUGAUAUUUCGACAUUUUGCGUCCCGAAAUUACCUAUAUUAUAGUGAUCCCUUGAGAGGAUAACGGUCUGAAUAUUAAUCUCCACGGGGACUCAAGGAUCAAGUAUAAUAUAAAACGCCUACCGUAUGGUUUUAUAUAGUCCCCUUGCGGCCGCGAGUUGCCUGCAAUGAAUUCCGUCAAUUUUGUCACGUUUUUUUUAAAUCGCCUGACUGUUGUUGUUACUGUAGGUAUACUUUGUACGUUUGUUUUAUAUUUUUAAUAAAAAAAAAAAAAAAAAAA